AUGCCUGAUAUUCCAACAAAGAGAAGAUUAUCCAAUGGGUCUGUUAUUGACAAUACAAACAAGAGACAAAUGCAGUCUUCUUUUGUUCCAGAAGUAGAACAAGAGCUGGAUGGGUACCUUUCAGAGGAUAGUUCAGAUCAGCCAAUAUUUGACAUGGCAGUGGCAGCGAACAGCAACCAGUGGCAAGAAACUAUCACAAAGGUCGUGAAGUCUGUUGUAUCGAUCCAGUUUACUCAUGUGAGCAAUUUUGAUACUGAAUCGUCCAUAGUUAGUGAAGCUACUGGAUUUGUCGUUGAUGCCAAAAGAGGUUUGAUUUUGACCAAUAGACAUGUGGUAGGACCAGGGCCAUUCUGUGGUUAUGUUGUGUUUGAUAACCACGAAGAGGCAGUUGUGAAACCAAUCUAUCGUGACCCGGUUCAUGAUUUCGGAUUUUUGCAGUUCGAUGCCAAAAGCAUCAAAUAUAUGGAUGUCACGCAACUUGAAUUAAAGCCCGAUUUGGCUAAGGUUGGUACUGAAAUAAGGGUAGUAGGGAAUGAUGCUGGUGAAAAGUUGUCUAUUUUAGCCGGGUUCAUCUCGAGAUUAGAUAGAAAUGCUCCAGAUUAUGGUGCCUUGACAUAUAAUGAUUUUAACACCGAGUAUAUUCAGGCUGCAGCUAGUGCAUCAGGUGGUUCUUCAGGGUCGCCUGUUGUGAAUGAAGAUGGUCAUGCCGUUGCUAUACAGGCUGGUGGCUCUUCUGAAGCUUCUACUGAUUUCUUUCUUCCUGUCUACAGACCUUUGAGAGCAUUGCGUUGCAUCCAAGAAUCCCAGCCAAUCACUAGAGGUGAUAUUCAAGUUGAAUGGCUGUUGAAACCAUUUGAUGAAUGUAGAAGAUUAGGGUUAACUUCCGAAGCUGAACGUAUUGCAAGAGAACGUUUCCCAGAUAAGAUUGGUUUAUUGGUAGCUGAAUUAGUCUUACCAGAAGGUCCAGCUGAUGAAUUAAUUAAAGAAGGUGAUACCUUAAUCUCAAUCAAUGAUGAACCAAUCUCUACCUUUAUUAAGGUUGACGAAAUUUUGGACGAAAGCGUUGGCAAGGAAUUAAAAGUUGUUAUUCAAAGAGGAGGCGAAGAAAUAACCCAAACUAUAAAAAUUGGUGAUUUGCAUUCUAUCACUCCUGAUAGAUACGUUGAUGUUGCAGGUGCAUCUUUCAACCAAAUGUCGUACCAAGUCGCUAGGUGUUAUUGCAUCCCCGUCAAAGGUGUUUACAUAAACGAUGCAUCCGGCUCAUUUGAGUUCUCAACUUUUGAGAAAACCGGUUGGUUAUUAGAAACAGUAGAUGAUAAGCAAACUCCAGACUUGGACACUUUUAUUGAAGUGAUGAAACAAAUUCCAGAUCGUCAAAAGGUUACCAUAACUUAUCGUCAUGUUUCCGAUUUACAUACUGAAAGUAUUCAAGUAAUCUAUAUUGAAAGACAUUGGCAGUCUACUUUCAGAUUGGCUGUGAGAAACGAUAAAAGUGGUUUAUGGGAUUUCACUGAUAUUCAAGAUAAACCAUUACCCCCAUUAAAGCUUGAACCUCAAAAUGCAAAGUAUAUUAACAUUCCAUUUGAAAAUGAAGAGAAGCAAGGUUGCGCCUCUUUGGUAAAAUCAUUUGUUCAAGUUAGAACUGUUGCUCCUGUCCCAAUGGAUUCUUACCCUUACCGUAAGGAAAUAGGUUAUGGGGUUGUUGUUGAUGCUACGAAUGGUUACGUAUUAGUUUCUAGAAGAUUCGUCCCUCAUGACAUGUGUGAUAUAUUUGUCAUUUUUGCUGAGUCGGUAGAUAUCCCUGGUAAAGUUGUAUUUUUGCAUCCUAAUCAGAAUUAUGCAAUCAUCAAAUACGAUCCUAAGCUCGUUUUAGCUGAUGUACAAGCUCCAAAAUUUAGCGACAAGCCUUUAAAAAGAGGUGAAAAGUCGUUUUUUGUUGGUUACAAUUACAACUUAAGACUUGUUACUGAGGAUGUUAAAGUUAGUGGUAUCUCGUCGCUUAAUGUCCCUGCCGCUUCAUUAUCUCCUCGUUAUAGAGGAACUAAUUUGGAGUGUGUUCUUUUAGAUAGUAAGUUAUGUCAAGAAUGCGACUCUGGUGUUUUGGCCGAUGAAGAUGGUACCUUACGUUCUUUCUGGUUAAGUUAUUUAGGUGAAAGUAACUGUGACCAAACAACGGAUAGAAUGUAUAGGAUGGGGUUGGAUGUCACUGACGUCUUAGAUGUAAUUAACAAAUUGAAGGAUAAUGAAAUUCCUGUUGAUUUGAGAAUAUUGGACGCCGAAUUUUCUUCUAUCACAAUUUUACAAGGUAGAACUAGAGGUGUACCACAAAAAUGGAUUAAUGAAUUUGAAAAAGUUUGCCAUGAUGAGUUAAAGUUCUUAUCUGUUGAAAGAGUUGCAGCUGCAAAAUUAAAUCAAACUCCUAAUCCAUUGAAGAUUGGUGACAUCUUGUUAUCUGUUAAUGGAUCUAUUGUUAAAACCAUGAGAGAUUUGAAGAUCAUGUAUAACAAGCCAAGUUUAGAUUUCAAGAUUAUCAGACUGAAAAAAGAAAUGGAUAUCACCGUUCCUACUGUUGAGACAACAAGCUUGAAUACGUCACACGUUGUGUUUUGGUGUGGUGCUAUUUUACAAGCACCUCACCAUGGUGUACGUCAAUUAAUGGAAAAGAUUCCAAGUGAAGUUUAUGUCACUCGUAAGAACUCGGGUGGUCCUGCUCACCAAUAUGGUAUUGUCACCAAUAGUUUUAUCACUCAUGUUAACGAUAAAGAAACUAAAAACUUGGAAUCAUUCAUGGAUGCUAUAACGGACAUUGCCGACAAUACCUAUAUUAAGUUAAGAUUGGUAUCUUUCGAUAACGUUCCAGUUGCAAUCUCCGUGAAGACCAACUAUCAUUACUUCCCAACCGCAGAAUUGAAGAAGAACAAAGAAACCGGUGAAUGGAAAGAAAUCGAACACAAAGAAAAAUAG